AUGAAUGAUACACCAGCCGAUCGAAUGGGCCCCCAGCGGGUAUUCGGGGCCCAGCUAGCACUAUGUCUAUGGAUCGGGGUGUCGUCGUUUGUUCUAUUUUGCUUUUUGCGCUAUAAAUGGCCACAUAUAUAUGCUGUGAGGACAUUUCGAAAACACGCCGGUUCCGGAAUCGGUAGUGGAAUCCGGCCACUUCCCAAGAAAAUCUUUGGUUGGUUGAGUAUAACGUGGUCUAUUACUGACGACGAGGUGCUCCAGUGGUCGGGGCUAGACGCGUAUGUGUUUUUGGCAUUUUUCAGAAUGGGAAUUCGAAUCUUUUCAUUUUUAGCGGUGCUUGCGGUGUUUAUAUUGAGCCCAAUUCGCUACUAUUUUACAGGAAAUUACGAUAAAGAUGAUGUUUCGUGGACAAAAAACACGCAUCUUACCGCCGUUCUUAAAUCUCCCAAGAAAAAUCCAGAUUUAUCCGAUGAUUUUCCAAACUACCUUUGGGUAUAUUCCAUUUUCGUCUACGUUUUUUCCAUCACCGUCUACAUUGUCUUGUACGACACAUCCCGGGUGGUGCUCCGCACCCGCCAGAAGUACUUGGCAGCUCAGGACUCCAUCACAGACCGUACAAUUCGCCUUGAAGGCAUUCCCAAAAAACUUUUGGACCCGCACGGUGGUCCAGAAAGAUUGCGUCGCUUCAUUGAAAAUCUUGGAAUUGGUACUGUGACCGAUAUAAAGAUGAUCUACGACUGGUCGCCAUUCCAGCAGCUUUUUGAAAAAAGGAACGUUGUGCUCCAUAAACUUGAAGAAUUAUAUGCGCACCAUUAUGGUCUCGUUAUCGACAUUUAUCGCCCGGAUGUCACCCCCAAAGUCCUCCCAAAGCUUCCUAUUGACUCUGUGCUUCCGCUGCCUCUGGAAGGUGAAGCUCGUGGCAAGAUUCUGAAACUAGCGGCCGAAUUGACCAGCUUGAACUCCCAAAUCCGGGAAAUGCAAUUUCUCUUUGAUUCUGAAACUUGCACAUUUCGUCCUGGAAUCUCCUCAAAAACCUUCCUCCAGACCACAAGUGCAUUUAUUACCAUGGACUCCGUCGCUUCUGCUCAAAUGGCUGCUCAGGCGGUGCUAGAUCCUCGUCAGUAUAAGCUCAUGGUGACGUUGGCCCCGGCUCCAAAAGAUAUCAAUUGGAGCUAUUUUGCGUUGAGCUACUACCGCAAGCUCCUCCGGUCGUAUGUGGUGACUUUUGUCAUCGUUUUGAGUUACGUAUUCAUCUUCUUUUUGGUUACGCCCAUCACCGCCUUGUUGAACGUGAAAACGAUAACCAAAUUUUGGCCUGCUUUGGGGGACCUCAUAUCAAAAUCCGACUGGGCAACCACUUUUGUGACGGGAAUCUUGCCUCCUCUUUUGGUUUCGUUGUUAAAUGUGCUGCUUCCUUAUUUUUACAAGUACUUGUCGACCCAUCAAGGGUUCGCUUCCAAUAGCGACAUUGAACUCUCGACGCUUCUGAAAAACUUCUUUUUCGUGUUUUUCAACUUGUUCUUGAUUUUCAACGUCACGGGUACGUUCUGGGAUUACUUGUCAUACAUGAAAGAUACCACCAAAUUGGCAUACCAAUUGGCUGAGAAAUUCAAAGAAGUUUCCUUGUUCUAUGUCGAUUUGAUCUUGCUUCAAGGUUUGGCUAUGUUCCCUGUACGUCUUCUUCAGCUUGGAGAUGUGGUUGUCUCCAAUGUGUUGGGACGCAUAUUUUUGCUUAGAGGAAUCAUCUUAAAGACUUCCAGAGACUACCGAUUUUACUAUUAUACUCCACCGAUUUUCGACUUUGGAAUCCAGUUACCACAGCACAUAUUUGCGUUUAUCAUUAUACUAACUUAUUCUGUGGUUUCGACCAAAAUCGUGGUUUCUGGCUUGGUAUAUUUUACAUUGGGUUACUUUGUCUACAAGUACCAAUUGGUAUACAACUUUGUCCAUCCUCCACACUCCACCGGCAAAGUUUGGCCCAUGAUUUUCAGGCGCAUUGUCCUUGGGCUUAUACUCUUCCAAUUGUUCAUGUGUGGUACUUUGGCGUUAGAAGGUGCGGUGUUGCUAGCAGUUUUAUGUGCUCCAUUGAUCAUUGUGACACUUAUUUUGUCUUGGAAUUUCGAGCGGUUUUACCGUCCACUCAGCAACUUUAUUGCCCUAGGUGCCAUUCAAAAUCCGUACGAUUUCGACAAGAUGUUUGGAGACGACACAUCUGAGAGCACUGGACUGUCGAAGCAGAGCGUCGGACUGCUGCAAGAAUCUGUUCCCGAGGGGGAAACCACUCAAUUGUUGCCGAGACAAUUGCGAAGACGAAAGUCGACUGUUGAUGAAGAUCGGGAGCAAUUUACCGAUUAUACAGCUCCGUAUCUUCUUGACCCGCUACAUGGCCCGUGGGUAGGGUUUGAAGGAGAAUAUAUAUCCAUGGUGGAGUAUAGUGGAGCGGAAGAUUUGGAAAAUGGAGACACUUCAGUGAUUUCUACACGAGAAGAAGAAAUGGUGGUUCGACGCAAGCUACGGCUCAGUGAGUGGGAAUAG